AUGCGCCGGACGUUAUUUCUCGUCUUCAUACACGGGUUCAAGGGUGGCGAUGACACCUUCGCGGCCUUUCCGGAACAUCUUCGAGCUCUCGUCAGCCAUGCUCUUCCAAACAUCGACGUCGUCACUGCGACAUAUCCCAGAUUCGAGACGAAAGGUGAAUUAAAGGAAUGUGUGGCGCGCCUUCGAGAAUGGUUACAGGACAAGGUCAUAGACCUCGAGGUCGCUCGGUCGACGCCGUCCCCGACAGUCGACCCUUCGGUCCACGUCAUCCUGGUUGGACAUUCGAUGGGCGGCAUAGUUGCGGCAGAGACAUACCUCCUUCUAGCAAGUGAGCAACCCAUACCGGCAGCAUCAUCGGCCCAAAACCCAGAGCGACCAAACUUCCCCUCCAACACGACUCUCGGCUCGACUACUUCCACGUCGCACCCUACGCCUUCCCGUAGCAACCCCGCAUCACACCGACAUUCAUUCAUGUUCCCACAUAUCCAAGGCAUUCUGGCUUUCGAUACGCCCUUCCUCGGCCUCGCACCUGGAAUGGUCGCGCAUAGCCUUGAAGGAGGUCACAAGGUCGUUGCGAACGCUUACAAUACCUACAAUGAAGUGACAUCAAUGUUCAGCUGGGGCACCAAGUCCGAGCCCAACGUCUCAUCUGCAGGCGCCGCGAAGUCCAGGAAUAUGCAAGCCCUGCCCGCGCCCGUCUCGGCCUCUACCGGAGACGCUGCCGCCACCCCUAAAUGGCAGUCAUGGGGCAAGUACGCCAUGUUUGCCGGCGCUGCCGGUGCCGUGGUAGCUGGCGGCGCGGCUGCUUUGUACUCACAGCGGGAGAAGCUCAGUGCUGGGUGGAAGUGGGCCGGUGAUCAUCUUCUCUUUGUGGGCGAGCUCUUCAAGCCGGAGAACUUGCGAAAGCGAGUCGAAAGCAUUGAGCACGAAUGCCAGGAGCGAGGUGGCGGAUGCGCUAACCUCUAUACUAACCUCGGUCAGGGAGCCAGGGGCGGAUACGGCAUCACGGAGAGCGUGGCAGGAAAGGAACGGACGUUCUGCAACCUGCCCGUCCACGUCAGCCGUGACCGCAAGGAGAUCAAACAAGGCGCAGAGGAAUCGAAGCCGAGUCGAUUCAAAUGGAUCAAGGCGGUCAACGAAAAGGCCCCCGACGAGACCAGCGCACAUGUAUCCAUGUUCCUGCCACGCGACAAUCCAGGAUUCUAUGCAUUGGGUGAGAGGGCAAAGGAGUGCAUCACUUCUUGGGUUGACCGGGACUGGUAUGAGACAAGCAAUGGUCCAACGUUUCUGAAGCCAACUCACACUAUCGGGCUAGGCGAAUCACCUAGCAGUGGAUGGGUCAAGCCGGACGCCGACGAGAUCAGAGCCCAGGAGAGAGCUAGAGAGCGGUACGGUAACUCCUACCAGUAUCCAAAGCCAGACGUCGACGGCACCUUAGGCAAGGACUGGGAUCCCGUCGACCUGCGCCGUGGCAAGGAUGGGAUCGACGACUUUCUCGAUGACGAGGACGUCAGGAUGAGAGACGAAGAGCUCGACGACAGCGUUAUUAUCGAGAACAAAGCGGCCGAAGGAGAGAUUCCACUUCCCAAGCCAAGGAGCAAUACAGGCUUGUGA